AUGGCGCGGGUGGCGGCCGCGGCAUCGUGUGGGAUGCGGUCCCCUAGCGGCGGUGGCAGCGGAGCGCUGCGCGGCGGAGCGAAGAAGGUGGGAUGUGGCAGCGGCAACGACGCAGGUGGCGGCAGCGGCGUGGGUAGAGGGAUCGGGGGGAGAUCCGGGCGCGGUGGGGUCGAACGGAGAGGAGGAGGAAGGAGGGGAGGCGGGGCUGGUAGUAGAGUUAGUGUGACUGAUUUAUGUGAUGUCUCUUCUUUGGCACAUCCGUGUCAAGGGCGCCAAUCCAUCCACUUCCUCCCUCCUUGGCGAUCCCGGAUCUUCCUCUGCCACACCACUAUCCACGACCUCCUCUCUACAUCCACAAUCGCCGUCGUAAACAGGCCGCGUUGA